GCAUUGCGCCGCCACUUUGGCGUUUGCUUUCGAUCGGAAUUUCUCCCUUUAAUGUUAGUUUUCCGGCUCGUUUUCCCGGAACUCCGGUGAAUUUCCGGCGGAGAUGUUCAGGUCGGCGAGAUGGAGGAGCGAGAAGAACAAGAUCAAAGUUGUUUUCAAGCUUCAGUUUUAUGCGACUCAAGUACCAAAGUCAAAUGUGGAUGGAUUAACAAUAUCUGUGGUGCCUGGAGAUGUGGGAAAGCCAACAUUAAGAUUGGAUAAGGCUAUGGUUCAAGAAGGAUGCUGUCGGUGGGAAAAUCCAGUCUAUGAGACUGUUAAAUUUGUGAGGGAGCCCAAAAAUGGGAAGAUCAAUCAGAAAAUAUAUCAUCUUAUUGUGUCAACGGGAUCGGCCAAAGGCGGUUUGAUUGGGGAAGCUUCCGUUGAUUUUGCUGAUUAUGUUGAGGCAAUCAAAGCUUCAGCUCUUUCUCUUCCAUUGAAGAAUUCAACAUCUAAAGCAGUUCUGCAUGUUUCAAUACAGAGGGUGCAGGAGAAUGCUGAUCAAAGAAAGGUAGAAGAAGGUGAAGAUGCAAACUUUAAAUUCCAAGAUAGGAGCUUGAAGGCCCAUAUAAGCAAUGAUGAUGCAGAAGAAGAAAGCAUUAUGAAUGCUGUCAUUGAAGAUGGAGCUUUCAACAAAACUGGCCACAAUGUUGAAUUUAAAUUGAAUCGUGGAGCAUCUUGUGCAUCUGACAAUACCAUUUCAAGUUCUGACAGUAGCUCUGGACUUAAUACUCCAGGAGAACUUGGAGUGGGAAAUAAUAAUGUCCAUCAAGACCUUACUAACAAUCCUUCAUCUCUGAACCACGCCCCAGUGCCUCAUAGACCAACAGCAAAUGCCUCCAUAACAACCAUUGAAGAGCAUCAUAGAUCACAAUGGGGAUGGCUAGCCUGUUCUGAUCAUGGAACGAGCACUGAUGAGUCUACCAGUGGUUCUCAGGAUACCUUCCCAGGAGGAAAGUCUGAACAUGCUUCAGAUAACGAGAUUGAAAAAUUCAAGGCUGAGCUUUUUGCCUUGACCAGGCAAGUCGAUGUAUCAGGGUUGGAAUUACAAACCCUCAGAAAGCAAAUUGUAAAAGAGAGCAAAAGGGGGCAGGAUCUCUCACAAGAAGUUGUUUGCUUGAAAGAGGAAAGGGAUGCCCUCAAAGUAGAAUGUGAGAAACUGAAGGCCUUUCAGAAGCGAAUGGAUGAUGCAAAAGCAAAGAGCAGAUUGCAGCAUGAGUGUGGGGACCCCUUGGUUGUUCUUGAAGAAAUCAGGCAGGAAUUGAGUUAUGAGAAGGACCUGAAUGCCAAUCUGCGGUUACAACUGCAGAAGACUCAGGAAUCAAAUGCUGAGUUGAUCCUGGCUAUACAAGAUCUAGAAGAAAUGUUGAAUGAGAAGGAUGGGAAGAUAUCAAAUCCUCCAAGCAAAUCAGGGCCUCUGGAGAAUGCUGAACAGUCAAGAAGUGAUACAGAUGAGGAUGAAGAACAAAAGGCUUUGGAAGAGCUUGUUAGGGGGCACAGGGAUCCCAAGGAAGCCUAUCUUCUUGAGCAAAGGAUCUUGGAUCUCCAAAGUGAGAUGGAGAUCUACAGGAGAGACAAGGAUGAAUUAGAGAUGCAGAUGGAACAGCUUGCACUUGACUAUGAGAUCCUGAAGCAGGAAAAUCAUAACAUGUCAUAUAAAUUAGAGCAAAGCCAGCUGCAAGAUCAACUGAGCAUGCAGUGUGAGUGCUCAUCUUCCUUUCCUAACAUAAAUGAACUUGAGAAACAAAUUGACAAAUUGGAAACUGAGCUCACGAAGCAGUCAAAAGAAUUCUCUGACUCAUUAGCCACAAUAAAGGAACUUGAAACCUGCAUCAAGAACUUGGAGGAAGAACUGGAGAACCAGGGACAAGCCUUUGAAGCUGAUCUAGAGACUGUAACAUGUGCCAAAGUCGAGCAGGAGCAGAGAGCCAUCAGAGCAGAGGAAGCCUUGCAACUGAUGAGAUGGAAAAAUGCAAAUACAGCUGAACGGCUACAGGAGGAAUUUAGAAGGCUCUCCAUGCAAAUGACCUCUACAUUUGAUGCUAAUGAGAAGUUGGCCACAAAAGCAUUGACAGAAGCUGCUGAACUGCGCAAGCAGAAAAACCAUCUGGAAGGACUGCUCGAGAAAGCUCAUGAACAGCUCCAGUCAGCUAGAGAGGACUAUGAGGCAAAACUAUCUGAGCUUUCCAGCCAAAUAAAUUUUAAGUCAAAUCAGAUAGAACAGAUGCUGGGGGAUCUUGAUGAUAAAUCAAAGCAGCUCCAACGUCAAAGGCAGCAUGAGGAUGAAGUUACUGGGGCUUUCUCCCUGGAGAUUGGCAGGCUAAAAGCUGAGAUUGAAAAGCUGACUACUGAAAAAAAAUUACUCUGUGAAAGAGCAGAGCAGAGAGAAAAUAUAAGCCUUGAACUGGAAAAGAUGAAAACAUCACUAAAUGAGACAGAGACACUGGUGCAAAGAUUAAAUGUGGAAAGAAAUGGGAUGGUUGGUACAAUUGCUUCGUUGAAGAAAGAAGCGGAGAAGUCAUUAGAUGAAUUGCAGAGUAUGAAGCAUCUCAAGGAUGAAAUGGAGACGGCAGUUAACUUCCUACAGUCAGAGUUGGACUCACUCAAAGCUCAUUGUAGGGAAUUGAAGCAUUCGUUGUCUGAAGGUGAGGUUGAGAAAGGAAAACUUAAAAAGCAGGUGUACCAAUUAAAGGAUGAACUUAAGAAAAAGGAAGAUGCACUCACUAGCAUGGAGAAGAGGCUGAAGGAUAAUGGUGGAAGAGCAAGAUUGUACGAUGGAGCAAAACCAACAUUGAGGAACAAUAAAGCUGCAGCAGUUCCUCAUAGCUCUAAAGAGGUUGCAAGCAUAAGGGAGAAAAUGAGACUGUUGGAGGGACAAAUAAAGUUGAAGGAAACUGCUUUGGAGGCAUCUACAAAUUUGUUUUUGGAGAAGGAAAAGGAUCUUCAGAAGAAAAUUAAUGAGUUAGAAAACAGAGUGGAAGAACUCAAUCAGUAUUGCAUCACUUUCUCUGAAUACCAGUGUCAAAAGGUAGAUAAAGAUAUAACUGAGGCAACUUUAGAUGGAGGUGUGUCUGAAGAAUUGGGAACAACAGCUGAAUAUUCAAGUUCUAUUAAGAGCAAUGAUGGCAUUUUAUUGGAGGAAGUACCAAAGGCCUCAUUUGCCAAUAAUAGAGACUGCAACCAGCAUGAAUUAUUGACUGAGUUAGCAUCACUGAAGGACAGAAACAAAUCCAUGGAAAAUGAACUGAAGGAGAUGCAAGAACGGUAUUCAGAAAUAAGCCUCAAAUUUGCAGAGGUGGAGGGUGAAAGACAACAACUUGUGAUGACAGUCCGAAAUCUAAAGAAUGCCAAGAAGGGCUAAAACAUUGUUUCCCCCCCUAAACCCAUACACUUCAUGUAUAGCUGAAGCAGUUCAAUUUUCCCCCAUACAAGGUUUAGAUGCAAUGGUUCCUGCUGAAUGAAAAAAUAAAGGUGUACAAAAUAGAUAUAAAAUUUUGAGAAACUGUUUUGCAGUCCAGACUGCAUUAGAUUGCACCACAGGGACUUUUCAAUGAAGGGCAGGCCCUCGCCCAUCCAAAGGUCCCUAUUUUACAGUCUAAACUGCAAAACAGGGGACCCAUGAAAUUAACCUAAAAUGUUUUUGAAUGUAGGUAAAGUGUUAUUUAGUCUCUGGUUCUUGUUAUUCAAUAUAAUUCUUUGCUUCUUUCUGUUGUUUUCAUUCAAUACUUGUAACAUGACGUUUUUCUUUAAUAUACUUAUUUCAUUUGU